CCAAUAAUAUUUUAUUUAUAGCAUAAAUUUAAAUUACCUUGUUGUUCGAUAGCGUAAUAAAAGUUUAAAGUAAAAUUGGACAUGAUGAAAGUGUCAGAUAAGAGGCAGGCAUCGCAUCGUAAAUAUUUUACUGUACAUGAAUAAAUUUCACGAAAUAGCUAAUUUCUGGAGGUCUCUUGAAAAUUUGAAUGUACUGUUAUCAGAUGGAAUAGGCAGCACGAGUAAAUAUGCCGGUGGUGUAAUCAAUAUUUCUUACGCAUUAUUAAUACCGAAGCAAAAAGUGGCUUUAGAAUGAUUCUAUUUUAGACCUAAAUGCAUUGGCAUAAGAAUGUAGGUAUGUUUGAUCAGCAACUAUUGUGGUUAACUUAUUCGUGAAAGUGUGAAACGCGAUAAAUUUAAUUAUGUUAUUCUUUGUUACUUUGGCUUUAUAAUAUUAGAGCGGAGAAAUGUACCCAUAUAUGUAUUUUAUUGUACACAUAAAGUGUACACAUUUCCUGUGAUUAUAAAAACAAAAUGCCUAUUCAAUAUUUUUGAAGGUUCACGCGUUUUCAUGUUAAAUGUCAUAAAAAGGACGCAUAUAUAACAAAGGAAUAGGGCGGAAAAGAUGCCUCAACAUUCACCGAUCGAAAGACAAUCACAACAUUUUUUUUCGUGAAGCUGCCACGUUUGCUGCUACUCGCUACGUAACUAAAGCUGCUACACAGCCUAGCAAACAAGCAUAGUUUACAAUCGUAGACCUGCUACGCUCAAUGCUACGGCGUAGCAGUAGUUUAUCCAACGUGCCUAACGUAUUGGAUUUAAUAAUUAUUUAUGUGCUAGCUACAUAUGGUGUAUUUUACCUUAAAAUGCAUAAAAACUGUUUUUGAUAUCUUGCGCACAGUAGGAUGAUUACUAUUGCGUUCUAAUAGGAAAUCGUCGAGUGAAGAAAUAAAAAGAAAAAAAUCACGUCGUCGCUCCGUCUUUGAAGUGGAUACUUGUGUUAGAAAGCCUUAGAAUUUUAGUUCCUUGGUUUGCCCUUUAGAUUAUUUUUUUAAUUCUCUACCUUAUGUGGAGGCUUUCUAUUUAUUUAAAUAUCAAUCGAAGUACUUGAAGAUUAUAUCUGUAUAUACCUAUAUGACGGCAAAGUUGAAGGAUUAAGCUAUUAAUAUAACUCAUGAAACUAAUGUUUCAACUGAAGAGGCAAGUUACCAGAUGUCAAACUUCCAUGCAGAUAACGAAUUAGUUAUGUAACAAAAGAUGGUUCCGUGAAGAUGUAAUGUGAAAGUGAAUCGAUUAGUGAAAUGGAGAGGCGCUCGGAUGAAGGCAGGUUACGAGCGUCGGCACCUCAGGAACAAGGGACUUCCCCCUCUUGGGAGCAGUUCGUGCGGGAGUCGCUAGUCCAGGCGGCGUGGCCCGUCGCUCUCGUGGCGCCUCCGCGGCGUGCCCUCACCGUCGACCACCAUUCGUCAGCGAGCGAGUUGAUCUCCCGUCGAGGGGUAUUCUCCAGAAGGCAGUAUGGAUCUGUGGAACAGCUGUCGAGCAGCGAGGCGACCGGGGCCGUGGACGCGGUGGUGCGGCGGUAUCGACUCGAGAACGGGAACUCGCUUGGGGAGAAAGACGAGUUGUUUGGCCCACCGAGCGCGCCGGUGCUUGAAAAUCCCGAGUUUCAGACGAGAUGGUACUUCAAAUAUUUUCUUGGGAAAAUGCACCAGAAUUACAUAGGCGUAGACGGCAAUAGAGAGCCCUACUUGCUGAGUGUAGUACAGGAGGGCGGCGCGGGACUUUUACGAGCUAUCCUCUUCAACAAAAUGGGAGCUCAUAAAAUCUACUUGCCUCCGAGCGCGUGGAACAUGGGCAGCAACCAGACCCCUAGCAGACCUACCAUCAAGCAGAUCCUAGCGCAGUUCCCGGCCAUGGAGAGGGUCGACAAAGUACCUAGAGAGAUUACGUGUGCGGAGCUCCAAAAGGAUAUUCUGCUUUUGGAAGAGCAAGAAGGUUCGGUGAACUUUAAAAUAGGUGUUAUGUUAAUGAAGCCCUCGCAGAAAACAGACGACGAAAUGCUCUCCAAUGAAAAGGGCGAGGAAAAAUGGGAGCGUUUUAUUUCGCUUUUGGGAGACAAAAUUCGAUUACGUGGCUGGAACAGAUUCCGCGGCGGGCUCGACGUCAAAGGUGACAUGACUGGCAGCCAUUCUAUCUACACAAUGCACCAGGGUCACGAGAUCAUGUUCCACGUGUCCACCAUGUUGCCCUUCUCCAAAGACAACAAGCAACAGCUGGAAAGGAAAAGACACAUCGGCAAUGAUAUAGUUAACAUCGUGUUCACAGAUGACUCUGCACAUAACACGUUUAACCCCCAAUGUGUCAAAAGUCAUUUCACUCAUAUUUUCGCAGUAGUGUCAGAGGUGGAAGACGAAGGCUACCGGUUGAGCGUGUACAGCGACGACACGGUCCCGCCGUUCGGGCCCUCGCUGCCCUGCCCGCCCGUCUUCAACGACCCGCAGCUCUUCAGGGAAUUCUUAUUGGUAAAACUGAUGAAUGGUGAGAAGGCAGCGUUCCAAACGCCCACGUUCGCGCUGAAGCGACAGCGAACCCUGGACACCCUCAUACGGGACAUCUACGCCGAGCACUGCUCCGAUCACAAGGUGCCAAUGCUAUCAAGACGAGCUUUAUCAGAUGUCUGGUCAGGGGGAGCGGGUGCGGGUGGGGCGGGGGCGGCGAGGACGGAGCGGUUCCUCCACGUGGGGCAAGCGCUCAAGUUGGACGCCGUCCUACGGGGUGACGCUCCCACCAGCCUUGUCUCUACUGGAUCUGGCGGGUCCCGACGAGCGCCAUGGGAAGGCAAGGUGUGGCGAGCGGCGCCACUUCCAGCGACGCCUGUCUGCGCUGAGCAGAUGACAGAGGGACGUCUGUUGCUGUCCACAACAUCUAACACGUAUAUUUUAGAAGAAAGCGGAACCACCAGGGUAGUUUUAAGAUGGGAAGGUUGUGUGCGAGCAGCUCGAGUGAGCGAACGAGCUGGCCUCUUCCGAGUGGGACCACGGGUGAUAGCGGGGGGAGGGUCGACGACCGGCGGGGCGGGGGGCGCGGGGCUGUACGCGCUGCCCGUGCAGGAGCUGUGCGCCGGCGCCUGGGCUAUGCGCCCGCUGCAGGACUGCAAACACGCUCGGCUGCCGCGCACCAAGACCGCGCAUUACUUUGAUUUGUUAGAAGCAGGAGAAAAUGGGAAAGCAUUACUGGCUGUCGCGAUUGGCAGAAGAGUGAUGCUGAUGGUGGAAGAAAUAAAGACUGAUAAUGAGAUGGGUUUCGAAUACACACAUAUCAAGGACAUUCAACUUAGUGAAUCACCAGUAUUAAUCAAAUUGAUGGACGGCGAGGUGGCAACGAUGGUGGUUGGCUACAAGCACCAUUGGGAAGUCUUAGAAUCCGGUACUGGACAGCCGGUGAAACGAGCGGAAACUUCGGAGGACAGCACGCCGCGGCGGGGGACUCUGGUCAAUGCGCUGAGAAUCGGGGACGAAAGAGACGGUCAAAUUGUUUUGUGUUAUAACCAUACAUGUCAUUUUGAAAGACUAACUACGAAAGGGCUAGAGAGUGAUAGUGAAUACGAUUUCCAUUGGACGACAGUACCGGCGGCAGUUGUGUGCGCGUUUCCAUACAUAAUGGCGUUUGCGGAGGAUCUCCUCGAAAUCCGGCUGGUGGCCAACGGGUCGCUCGUACACGCGGCCUGCAUCCCGGGACUCAAACUCAUGUGCGGUCGGAGAGAUAUCUUCUACGUAGCGUGCGCCCCAGAAUACGUCCCUCUAAGUCGCGAGUUAGAUCCGUGUCUGAUGCACGACUACGAACUAGUCCGGCAGAUGAGCAAGCAGGGCGGGCCCUACUCCUUGGACGAGGAUGAAAACAACGACAAUAAGAGCCCGGCGGCGGCGCCGCAGAACAGCCGCGGCUCGGAGACCAACUCAGCGUCGAGCCGCAGCAGCUCGCUCUCCUCGGAGCAGGACUGCGCCCGCGCGCGCGCGCCGCCCCUCUGCCCGCCCUCCUCGCCGCAAGUUCUGCCGGAGAACAGCGGGCGCUGCGUGCGCAUCUACAAGAUCCCGCAGAGCAACCUCAGCGCGGGCGCGUAUCAGCGGCAGUCCGUGUCCGCCGACCAGGCCCUCACCUCCUACUUCUCUCAUAGGCCAAAUAGUAUCAGGCAGCGGCUAGCGGAGCUGAGACUCGACAGCAAGUCUCGCGGCGGAGGCGACGACGAGACUUUAUAAGAUGACCACUAGUGGGCUAGUGCUCUCAACGAAACGGUGCACAAUUUUAAUAAUCACUUUAGUAUAGGUAGGUAUUCAGUGUUGUUGAACUAUUUGUCACAGGAACGAGCAUUACGCCUACGUAACAAACUAUAAAUACAAAAACUCGGCAUUACUCUGUUGAAGUUUUUUUUAUAAUAAAUAAUAAUAAUAGUAGGAUGUAUUUAGGAUGAUAUACAUCACGUCGUCAAAAAAAUACUUAUAAACAAACUCUACUGCCGACAUCCAAAGCGCAGGUGAAGAAGAAGCGGCGCAACAAACUUCACGGCAGCCUUUUCUCCAAAGACGUCAAUUAACAAAUGUAGGUCUUAUAUCACAUCUUAUGUACCUUAUCUUAUGAAUAAAGAAUUUUUAUUUUGAACUUAUUAUUUUGUGACAAAAUUGAUACCUUCACCGUUUGAUUCGCCGGCUCGUAAUAUGCGAGCUCGUAAAUUAAAAGAUUUUACGUGAAUUUUUGUUUUAUAAUAUCGUAUCGUAAAUCGUAACAAUGCUCGGUACUAUUACAAAUAUUAUGGAUAUUACGUUGUAGCAUGUUAGUAAAUGUUCUCAUAGAUUGUAGCGGCGAAUGAAUACUUGUUGCAAUUGUGAUAAAUGAGUAGCGAACAAAUUAUAUGAACCUUGGAGUACCUAAUUUAAUUCAAUUUAUAUAUUUUAUUGUUGUUGUAUCGAAUUGAUAUUUUACCGAAAUAUACCUGAUAUGAUACGCCUCUAGGGCAAAAGCAAUUUAUGGAUAUUGAUUACAUAUAAGUAUGUACUGCACAAAAUUUAAUGCUCAAGACACAAAUGUCUUAUUGUUCAAUAUGUAAGGUAAUUGUUUAAGCAAGUCUUAAACUUUGCAUGAAAUUGUCACUAAGUUUAAAAUAUUUAAAAUAACUUACUAUCUACAAGAGUGUACAGUACGUUACUGAUGUCUAUACAAAUAUAUCAUAGUUUAUAAUUUAGUUAAGAUGUAACUGAAUCUCGUAGUUAGUGAAGUUCUAGUCAAAAGCGCCAUGUAAGACAUAAAAGUGAUGUUUAAUAGUACCUACACUAACAUUAAAAUACUUAGCAAUUUAUGCCCAAUCAUUCAGGGUUUAAACUAAUACAAUUUUGAAAUACAUUUUAUAAAAACGUCUCUUUACAUUAAUUUAUGCAUGAUUGGAAGACGUGUGGAUUUUAAAAAACUACAUUACCAUUUGUCGAUGUUACUGCUAAGUAUUUAUAAUUGGUGGUAGUGCAUAUGUGGUAUGUGAUUAAGUAGGGCAUAAUAUUAUGUCCAAACAACACAUUAUAUCUAUUAUAUUUUGCUCUAACAGUAACACUCAUCCGUUACCACAGAGUUUUGUUUCUCUGAAUGAUUCGGCGUAACUUUAUGUACUUUAUCUAAUUGAUAAGUGUGUGUAAAAGACUCUUAUCUCUUGAAUGUCUAUUCGACAACAGAAAAGAAGUGCCAUCCAAAUUUGGUUAUCUUUCUAGAUUUUAAUAUAAAACUGUACUAUUUUGCGAUGCAAGAGAAUUGAAACCUUAUUUAGAUGUUAAUACAAUACUAAUCUUCAAUGUAAAUAAUAAGCAUUUUAGUAUUAAUCUUCAAGAUUUUACGUACCAUAAGUACGUACCAUAAUUUACUGUUAUACUAGCGACUACCUAGUACUUAAAAGAUUUGAUCUGGCGAUAAGACAGUUUUUAAGUAACUCAUUAUACACAAAAUACACCUUUCAGUUAGUAACAAACUCUGGUUCGGUUCUGAAAACCAAUAUCCCCGUCUCUAACGCUCUAUCAGUUAAUAGCUAGCUUAGUAGAAUGCAUGCAAGGCAGGCUAAAUUAAAUUAACCUUAUUGUGGUAACUAACCUGGAGUCUGAGUAUUACAUUGGCCUAGGUACCUAUGUAUACUGGUCAUUAAAAGAUAACGUUUUAGAUAUCAUGCGAAGUUUUAGCAUGUCUUAAUGUCAUGGGAAGUUGUAGGAUGUCUUGAUGUCAUGCGAAAUAAAUUUACUAUAAAAAAGAUGAAAAGAACCAAACUGAUAGAUGUAAGUUAUAAAUGGGAGCUUUCAAGUGAAUGUCUAGAUAGGUGUUAUAAUUCAGCCUUUGUAAAUAGGUAACCAAUAAGAGGCCGUCAUUUGGCUAAAAUAAAAUGGGAUUGAAAAUAUAGAACAGCGAAAUCAAUGUACUGUUGUUAUAAUAAUUUAUGAUAUAAUUAUCAAAUAUAUACCUACCGGUAAAAUACAGUAGUGAAAGAUAAUUCUUCAUUUGACCGAUAUGCAACGUGAAGUAUGGAAAUAAAUUAUUAAGACGUACAUUAAAUAGGGUAGGUAUAAGUUAGCAGCAUAUUUAAAUAAGAUUUUAUAAAAUAUAUAUAUAUGAAAUAUACCUGUUUAAGAAAAAAAAAUGUGUAAAAAAUAGACACAUACUGUACAUUAUUUUCAAAAUAAAUUGUUAUUAAAUAUUUAAAUAUUAAUACCAUAAAUUAUAACGUUUAUUUUUAUAAGUCAAAAAGUACAAGAAAAUUGUGAGUACCAUCUGAAAUACCUCUGUUGAAAUAAUAUCUACAGAUUUAUUUAUAUAUUAUUAUGAAAAUGUUAAUUAUCCCGUAUUAGUAGUUUAUUAUUUAUUGUAAUAAGGCCUACCGAAUUGCACGUAGGUACGUCCUUAAUUUCUAUAAAGAUUGUGAUAAAUUGAAUAAAAAAAAAUAUAGAAAUCAACAGUCAGAGAUGUAUUUAAAAUCUAUGUAUUAUAUGCAGAAUUAUAUAAUGUAAAUAAAAAUAUUGCUAUUAUAAUCAAAUCAGCUGUUCCAAAAACAGAAUAUACUUACCUUUACAGAUAAGGGAUUUACUGUUAUUUUCUCUGAGAUUUAAAAAUAAAUGUC